GGCAGGCAGUGUGAGAGCUCACUGUCGCCGGAUGUAGUGUCACACUUGGUGAAGAGUCAGUAUUCUAAUGUAUUUCCAUUGGAUACAAUUAACACUAUAGAAUUUAAGUUUAUAGAAGGGUUACUUCUCAACUAUGUGUUUCUGCUGAAGAUCUGGGACAGGAGGUACACUGUAUUUCUCAAGAGAUGAAUGAGCUAAAGUCUAAAUACCAGUAUAUCACUCCAACCACUUUGCAUAUCAGUGCAGAGCUUGCAACCUCACACUUUCAUAACUCUGUUGCCGAGGAAUUUGACACACGGAUAGCCUGUCUGGUGGAGGUAUUUUUGGUGGAGAUUUAUAGAUGCAAAUUAUGUCAGUUUACCAGUAGCCUAAAAAAUAAGAUGUGCCUUCACGUGUCUGAUUCUCACCAAAUAGACCAAGAGCACUUCAUUCCCGGUGUGAAAGGCACUGAUGAAGAAGAACAUCAUUCUUUUGAGAUAGGUGAAGAAAUUGCUCAGGAAAACAAGGAGAAUGAGGAGAACCUAGAGAAAAUGCCAUUCUUGUUGCCUAUGUAUGGAAUACUGAACACAAUGAGCCCAGAGUCUUGUGACAUGAGUAUUGGAGAUCAUAGCAGUAAUGCAAAUGUCGCCAAUGCUAGUGAAGUUAAUUCACUCUUUGAGGAAGAUGCAUCACAAUUCCAGUUGGACGAGUCUGGCCCUGAUGGCUCCACCCCCCCUUUAAGUAGUGCAAAUUCCCCGACAUCUAGGAAAAGCAAAGACGAAGAAGAUGCCCAGUGUGAACAUCUCUUAUCACUUGGACUUUGUCAUAUUUCUAACAUAAGGUCACAUACUUCAUCCUCCACAGCAAAGCUACCAAAAAUUGAAAAUAAGGUACCCACUCAGACCCACAGUACAUAUGAAAAAGUAACACCACUAGACUGCUUAUCGGUGGACAAAAAUCCAGAAAAACACAGCUGUAACGAAAGGUAUCUAUGUUCCUCAUGUCAACUUGAAUUCAAAAGUAAGGAAACUUACAAAAUUCACAUGCAGUGCCAUAAAGUGGAUGGUAGCUUCAGGUGUUUUUACUGUGGGUGCUGCAUUGAUGAAUGGAGUCAAAUGGAAAAGCACAUUCAAAGUCACAAAAACCAACAAAGGAGCUAUCAGUGCCAAGUGUGCCAGAAGCGUUUCAUGACACAAAAAGCAUGGAAGGUUCACAUGAAAAGCCAUGACAAACAAAGUAAUGUUUCCUUCUGCUCCAAGUGCCCUUCGUCUUUUGAGAGUGAACGUGUAAGGAACCUACACUCAACAUGUCACUAUGAAGAUAUUUUUAAAUGUUUUCAAUGUGGAUUAAUGGAUCAAGAAUGGAGCAAACUAUAUGAACAUUUGCUCAGCCACGGUAACAAUCUUAAACCUUACAUUUGCAACACUUGCAACCAAAGAUUCUUCAAAAAAGCUCAACUAAAAGCACACUCCUCUAAGCACAUGUCUGUUACUUGUACUAUCUGUGAAAAAUCAUUCAAGACCAACCAACAAAUGAACAGACACCAUAAACGCUUUCAUCACAAACCAAGUAUUGGUGAAAAAAGAAAAAGAAAGAAAGCAGCAAACCACACAUUUGACAUGGAACCGGAGUGCACCACCAAUCCGGAGCUGUAUUCAAAAAGAGAAUUUGAAUGUGAAAUAUGUAGCAGGAAGUGUUCUUCUAAAUUGGCUCUUCAGAGACACAUGGGAGUGCAUGCUGAAGAAAAACCUUUUCAUUGCCAAAAUUGUGACUACAAAACCAGGCUGAAGGCGUCAUUAAUACAGCAUAUGAGAAUACAUACGGGUGAGAAACCUUUCAAAUGUGAGCUGUGUUCAUAUGCCUCAAUAGAUGCAAGUUCCCUGCGUCGACACAGCAGAACACACACAAGUGAAAAGCCUUACAAGUGCCAGCGCUGUUCUUAUAGCAGUAUUCAGAAGAAGAGUCUUGACCUGCACAUUCGUCGCCAUCACACUGGGGAGAUGUUCAAGUGCAGCUCUUGCCAGUAUUCAUCUCCUGACAAACAGUUACUGCAGAAACAUGUAAAGAAGUACCAUGCCGCCGAAGAAUCUUAAAGAAAUUCUCAUUUAACACGGUCAUCAUGGAGUACUGGAGGGGUCCUAGUAACAUAAUGCAAUCUGACCAAAGGCGGGAUGAAAUGCCAGGUUACAAAUGUAUGCGCUUUCUACUGAAGUGGCAUUGAUAUAGACCUAAGUAGAAAACAAAACCAUCCAUCCCAUGCUCUACACUUUGAUUGUCAUAGAAGAAAGAUGUACACGCUCCAUCAGAAGAUAAACACAGGCCUCCCUACAAAAGUACUAAUGUGAAAAUGUAAUUAGUGUUUUAAUGCGACAGAAUCACAUAGCUUUGGUAAACACAUUAGUGACGUUGUCAUGCUGAACCCUUUAUGUUGUAAUUAGAUGAUUUUUUGCUACUGUUAAUCUUCCAAAUAGGCAUUGACAUGCAAUCCAAAUGUUUCCAAUUAUUUUUAUCCUUUUCACAAAAGUAUUUGAUGACUGUAAGACACUGUCAAUGCAGCUCUUCACAUUCUAUUAACUGGAAUUCAGGGUAGGCGUUUCUCGCUUUUGUUGUAAUAAUGACAGUAAUUUCUAAAUUACAUUUGAUGUGUGCUUUCAUAAAGCCUCCAUGGUUUUACUGAAUUAAAUCUAUGCCUGUCAUUUUAUACACUUUUACUAAUGUUUGUAAGUAAAUCAUUGUUACUAAUGCCAGAAUGCUCAAUAAUUAAUACCAUUUUGUA